GUCAAUAUUCAUGUAAUCCUUGAAUAGUAGCAUACGGAGUAGGUUCAAUAUGGAUCCAGAAUUAUACUCAAGAAACAAUAGUGUUCAAACAAAUGAAAAUUGUCACAUCAUUAGCAAAUACUUGAACAUAGACACAUGGAAAGAGGGAGAAUCUGUCCUCGAAAUAGGCAUGGGUAAUGGAAAAUUCACCAUGGAAACGUUCCUUCCAAAGUUGGGCAAUAAAAUCCAUAGAUACGUGGGAUCCGAUAUUUCUGAGAAGAUGGUAGAAUAUGCUGAGAGGAAGUUCCAUCAAAAACAAAACCCGAAUAUUGAAUUCAUGAAACUAGAUCCACAACUGAAUGAAAUUUCUAGCAGUUUAAUCGAACAGUUUGAUCAUGUCGUGUCAUUCAAUUGUUUCCACUUCUUCUCUGAUGCUAGAACGGCAUUGAAGAACAUAUUUAGCAUGCUGAAACCAGGAGGAGAAAUUAUUGCUUCAUUACUAGAAAAAAAUACAGAAGACGACAUCUUCCAUAAUUUCUCCAAGCACCCCAGAUGGGGAGGGUAUGGCCAUGAGAAGUACGUUUCGACUUUCUUCCUUAGCGACAAUCCCCAGGAAGAAUGGAAGAAAACUUUCAUUGAUGCAGGAUUCAAGGAUAUUAAGAUAUUUUGUGAAGAUCGAAUAGUGACCUUUCCUGAUGAGAGAAAGUUCGACGAUUUUUUUCUUGCUCUGGAUCCAGCAUUGUCUGACAUUCCGAUGCACGACAAAAAAGCUUAUAUACGGGAUUUUCUUCAAGAAGUGAAACGUGGAACAGCAAUUUCUAUUGAACAGAACAUGAAAACUGGGCAACGUAGUUUUGUGAUGCAAUACAGGAUUAUGGUUUUUAUAGCCUCCAAGACACUUACAUGAAUGUUGCAUUAAAAAAUUUAUAAAAAAUAUCAAUAUAUUCCAGUAAAAUAUUUUUGCUGCACUGUAGCUAUAAAUAAAUAAUUUGUUUUCA